UGUAGCCGCUUUGUGAUAACCGUCUAUGGAUGAAGAUGACAGGUUUAUAAACCAUGCACAGCUUCAACAAGACACCACACGCGAGUUAAAAUAAGCCUAAAAUAUCACAUCCGUGACUCUGCUGCUGCUAACGAGACUGGAGAUUUUAGCACAGAAUACAUUACCUGCGAACCAGCCUUCAUUUUAUCCACACCGACUGUUUACAGCUGGAGUAACAAUGGGAGGUGCAGUAAGUGCAGGAGACGACAAUGAUGACCUGAUUGACAACCUGAAAGAGGCUCAGUACAUUCGUUCAGAGCUGGUGGAGUGUGCUUUCAGGGCCAUCGACCGAGCCGACUACUACCUGGAUGAGUUCCGUGAUAGUGCUUAUAAGGACUUGGCCUGGAGACAUGGCAACAUCCACCUGUCUGCACCCUGCAUCUACUCAGAGGUGAUGGAGGCUCUGGACCUACAGCCUGGCCUGUCCUUCCUCAACCUGGGAAGUGGAACGGGCUACCUCAGCACCAUGGUGGGCCUCAUACUGGGUCCAUUUGGUGUGAAUCAUGGCAUUGAACUCCAUGCUGAUGUCAUUGAGUAUGCUUAUCAAAAGCUGGACUGCUUUAUCAAGACGAGUGACAGCUUUGACAAGUUUGAGUUCUGUGAGCCAUCAUUUGUGGUGGGGAACUGUCUGGAGAUUGCUCCAGAGAGCCGACAGUACGACCGAGUGUACUGUGGAGCAGGGGUUCAGAAAGAGCACGAGGACUUCAUGAAGAACCUGCUAAAGGUUGGGGGUAUCUUGGUGCUGCCGUUAGAAGAAAAGCUAACCAAAAUUACUCGGACAGGGUACAACUCAUGGGAGACAAAAAAGAUCAUUGCUGUGUCCUUUGCACCUAUUGUCCUUCCAAAACACAGAGAAAACGGCAAACCCGGAGCAGUACCACUACCUGCCAUGUUUGAAGUGCGAAGCCUCCAGGACUUGGCUCGCAUUUCCAUCCGGCAGGCUCUUAAGAAAUCUGUGUCUGGUUCAUGGCCCCUUCCUCAGAAGGUGGGAUCCAGAAGCAGGUCUCGUCUGAAACAGAGACGCGAACGACGUGACUCCACACAACUGACCAACAACUAUAUGUUCAUGAGUCGUCUGAUCCCCAGAGCUAUAGAUGACAACAACAAUCAGUCAGAUGACGAUGAGGACUGCAGAGGCGUUUUCGAACGAGUGGAUAAUGAGGUUGGGGAAGGUGAGGAUGGAAGGAGGAAGGAGGUGAGAGUAACAGAAGCUCCUGUUAACGUCCUGAGGGAGAGGAUCCUCAGCCUGCCUCUUCCAGAGCCACUCAAAACAUACCUUCUAUAUUACAGAGAGAAGUAG